AUGAAUACUCAGAAUAAAAGUAAUUCAAUAAAGGGACUUGUGCCAGGAGCCCUUGGCUGCCCAGCAAAGGAAUUUGGUGGUGGUGAGAAGACAGUGGGUGAACUUGGCAGUCCUCAGAAAUUUCUCUACUGGCAAUUUCCCAAUUGGAAGACCAACAACAAGACUAUCAUGGUUCCUCCCGCCUACAAACCCACUGAAUCAGGCUACACAAUUUCAAAAGAUGGCAAAUAUGCUGAUGAAGAUGACGUCAAUAUAAGAGGAAGACAAGGAGAGAAACUUGUGUACGAUCAUCUGCAAAAAAAUGGCCGAGCAAAGAACCUGGGCAUGUUUGUCAUUCAUGGAUUUGACCUUACAGAGAUUACCAAGUGGAAUAAACGAUGCAAAAGUGAAGAUUCCGUGCCUAAGUCAGAUAAAGUACCUAAAACAGGUGAAAGCGACUUUGUCAUCUUUCACCAUAAAAAAGGCGUCAUUCUACUCGAGGUUAAGAGUUUGAAGAAGUCUGAGAAAGAAUUACUAGGAUCUAAAAUCAUUGAGGCUAAAGACCAACUGGAUAGAACCAGGACAGUUGUUGAAGCUUUCGCUGUAGUGAACAAUUCCAGCGAUGAACAAUCUGAUCGCUUGGAGCCACCUCCAGUGAUGAUGGUUAUUGCUCUUCCUUCCACGAAGAGAGGUAGUCCACAUGCUCACGUGGAUGACACUUUAUUAAUGUAUGAGGAAGAUCUUGCAAGUCCGGAGAGCUUUUCAAAAUGGUGGUAUGACAACAUUGAAUCACCUCCUUGGAUGGCCUCCACCCCAGACUUCACCAACAAGGCCUAUGAAUUGGCUUUAUCAAGAAUCUUAGCUGUACGACAUCUUGGCCCUGUAACUGAGUCUGAAUACACAGCUGACAUAAGCUAUACCUUAGACACCUUCAAGCAUCUGGGAAACUUGGCUAGUGGACGCUUCCGCAGGAUCAAGGAAGUUGAAAACCCCCAUCUCUUUCGCUGGUGCAAGUACAUGAUGUCUCAGGUCAAUCUCCCUAUUGCCAAAGUUUCAUACAAAGAAGCUUUGCACACCCUUAACAGCGUCAAUGUUACUGCUUCUAAGCCAAACCUUUUGAAGGUUCUUAAUAAACAUCUUUCUAAUAAAAAGUUCCUUCUGGGGAACGAGAUGGCCGGUGAAGACACAAAGAUAUUCCAGUACCUUUGGACAGUGUACAUCAUUGACAUUGACAGCAUAACCAGAUUCAUGAAUAGAGUUACUGAUGCAAAGAAGAAAGAUAUAAUAGUUGACACGGCCAAAACUCUGACAGACCUAGGUUUAGCCAAAGCAGAUGAUGUUACCGGACUAAAUGAGCUCACGAAGUUAUUAGACAAAAGCCAAAGUGGAUUUCUAGAAGGGGAAAGCUGCACAAAUCUGGACAGAGAACUGUGUGAAAACCUGGCCGGAGGAAAUGUCAGGAUUCUGGCCCUUCCUUUCAAGAAGCAAUGGGCACCCGUGUUUACAAUGGAUCAGCUUGCCGUGUUUGAUGGACCAAAGAAACAGCUUAUCAUCGGUGGGCCAGGGAGUGGGAAGACAGAGUUGAUGAAGGCCAAGGCUCUCAUACUCGCAGAGAAGUUGCCACCUGGAAAAAAGAUUUUAUACUUGAUCCACGGUGACAGGAAAAACGUCUUUCCUAAUGUCAUGAGAAAAUUUUUCAACGAUAACAACGAUAACAAGGAAAUGUGUGUGGAUGUACUGACAGUUGAGUUAGAGGGGGAACAUCGCGAGGCCUUUGAAGACCAGCAAGCUCAGUUAAAAUGGGAAACAUACAGUCAUGUUUUCAUUGACGAGCUAUGGAUUGGUUCAAAGAUCAGAUACGAAAUGCAGCAGGACGGUAAUAUGAAUGUAAUCGACGAGCUAACAAUUCCCAAACAAGCAUUAGAGAGCAUUGAGGGCUAUGUUUGGAUGACCUCUGUCUUUGACUUUAAGAAAGAGUGUUUUGAGAAAAUCAGCAAAGAAGAAAUCAUAGAAGUGUUAACCUUGCAGAGACUGGAAGGGAAAAAGAAUUUGCUUUACAAAAAGCUCAGUACACCAUCUCUUCUGGAGGUUCUGGAAAAAAAAGGUGGAGUCAUAAGUAGGAUCAGGCACCCUUUGAGGAGUGUGAACAACAUUGUGAGGCUGCUACAAGACUACAGUUCCUUGUAUCGUGAGAGAAGUUUUCCUUAUGGUGUAGAGAACAUGCUCAAUCACAAUGUGGAUGGGCAGGAAAUCACCUGGAUUGCUGUCCAACCAGAGGGAAAUGAUGUCUCACCAGAGAGAGCACAACAUGCUGGACAUUCACAUGUGGACAGGGAUCAUCUUACAAUGCUAAUGUACAACAAAUGCGUGCAAGUCAUUGAACAAGUUAUCUGGUUCAAUCGUGACCUUCGUCCACCUUCGUCCACCUUUAUUAAGCUACAGCUGAAUCCUGAUGAUAUUCUGGUGGUCAAUUUUGUUGCACGCUAUCAGUCCAAACAUAGUUUAGCUGGUGGUCUCAGCUUGGAAAACAUUCCUGUCUGUGACCUAAAUGACCAAAGAGCAUCUUCAGCUGAGGAUGAAUUUCUUGACAGGUUAUGUGGUGGAGUGUGUCUCUUGAAUUCAAAGUCAAGAAAGGAUUCAGCUUGCCUUGAUGGUGCAGAGUGGCCCAUGGUAAUUGUGCUUCUGACACCUGAACUUCUGUUAGGUGAUGGGAAUUCUGGGUUUGAACCUGUUCGUAACUAUGAUCCGUACAUAGCCAUGUUCCGUGCUCAGGCGAAACUUGUUGUGAUAUCAGACUCAUGGAGGUCAUCCCAUGACUUCCUCAACACAGUCAAAGAAAAAAAAGCCUAG